AUGACCUUCUUCCUCACUUCCUUCAUGUUGGCUCAAAUGUCACUCACGACUUCGCCUGAAGGACCCUUCCUUCGAUUUCGCCCAAAACUGCAGGCGCCGCUCUGGCAGCCUCCCAGGGUCCGUGCCGAGCUGCACCGGGCGGCCGCGCCCCAGGCCAGGGGCUUGGGCGGGCCGGGCGGGAGGCCGGGCGGGCCCUUCCCCGCAGGCGUUCGCGCCGGGCAGCCCAAGCGGCCGCGAAGGCCCCCGCCCGCCGCUUCUCCCGCCCCCUCCGCCCCAGAGGGCUGGCUGCCUAAGUCCCUCCCGCUCCCGGCUCUCCGCCUCACUAGCAGCGGCUCUCGGUGCAGCGGGGACCGGGCGCAGCGGCCUGUGCCCAAGGAGCGCACGACACUGCUCGGAACGCACCGCCACCCUUGCCCCCUCAGCCGCCCACUCGGGAUCUCCAGCGGCCUCCGCGCGCGCACGGUGAGCGCCACCCCGGACCAAGGCGCUGAAGGGGAAGCGGGCCGCUGCCCGGAGUGUCCUUUACCUCCGGAUCGGCUGGAUCUUCGCGAGGGGCUCGCUCCUCAAGGCGGCGAAAGCCGGCCCUCCCCGGUGGGGACCGUUGCUUUGGCCGUUGGCGGCCAGUGCUGCGAGGCCCCGCCCCCGGAGCGAGCCUCGGUGCUCCGGGGCGGGUAG